CAGGUUACAGAGGAAUAACACCUGAGUCCUCAGGAAUGGCAACACAUGGAGGGCAAGAUGGGCGAAAUAGUAUACUCUGUUAUGUCUAUGUUACUGCUCUUGUCUAUAGGCAACGGUUACCACUUUCCAUCAGAUAAUACUUCUUUUAAUCUACAAUCUUAUACAAGUCAUCUUGACAAGAAGUUUGGAAGUUUCACUAUGUAUUUCAAUUGUAAUUUGGACCUCUAAAUUUCACGUCGCUUGUUAUGCCCAAAUGGAUUAAAUAUUAGUAAAUACUUAGAAAUAUAUUUGUUCAAUGAAUUAUAUAUAUACAGCAAGGAACAGAUAUCGAUUGGUAUCACGAAACGAAGGAAAGAUCAAGUCAUACGAGUCUUGUAGCGACGUCCGGGCAUGGAGUCAUGACGUUAGCUUGCGAGACCGGUAUCUUAGGGAAUGGAUGAAAAGCGAUAUGCCUAUCUGUGUUAUACCUGUUUAUACGUUGACUAGCUUUUUAAAAAGUAUGACCUGUACGAGCAGACGAAGGGCUACGCCCAAGUGCCAUCCCAACUGUAAGUCAAAAAUGCUCCUAGAAAGCAUAUGUACUUCCUGCCAUAUGAUAAAGGAAUGUUUGAAAAACGAUAGUCAGUUUGAAAAGUACUUUGAAGAGGAGGAAUUUGAAACGUGUCAUUGGCCUUGUGAUCGAUGUUUGAAUGUACUGAAAAGCAUUAAAAUGUUAUGGAAGAUAAUUAUUGAAAAAAUUUUCAAUGUAAAUUAUAAAGACGAAAAUUUUUGUAGUAUUAAUAACAGUCGAACAGAUAGUGUUCAAUCUAUUGUUAAAGUUUGGGAAAAGGAAAUGGUAGAACAAGCAUUAUUUGUUAAAAAUAUUGGUACUUUUUCUACGAAAUCAUCAAGCUUAAAUAGUAAGCAUAAUUAUUGUGCUCAAAAGCAAGUUGAUAUAAAGAAAGAAGUGCCAUCUCGAAUUCCUGCAGCAAAAGAUGCUAUAUUGAAACGUGAAAUUAAGAAGAGCAAAAUUAAUUUGGAAAGUGAUCGAAUCUUAAAUGGUAAUUCAAGUAUAAGUAAUGAUAUACCGGCGAAAAGAAAAUUCAGUAGAAGCACGUCAGUAAGAGUCAAAACGGUUAAUAAGAGUUGUGAUGCUUGUAAUAUUAAGGAAGAGAACGAAGAACUGAAAACAUACAAAUACAAUUUAGAAUAUUUACAACAGCAACACAAACAACAAGAAACUGAAAUGGAAAUAUUGAAAAGAGAAAACAAAUCAUUGAAAUUGGAGUUGCAAAGUUUUUAUAAGACAUGUUCAUGGAAAUCGACGCAUUACAAUCCUUCGUCAAUAACUAAAAACGUUGUUCCAAAGCCUUUUGAAUGUUGCGUUGAAGAAAACAAAGAAAAAAAUACAGUUAAAAACUUAGAAUCUGAAAUGAUUAUAACAAUGAAAAAUUGUAAAAAUAAGAGUUAUAGACAUGUUUCUCUAUUUCAAGUGCUUCACAAAACAAAUGGUCCAGUUAUCACUAAUGACAGUAUAAAUAAACCUAAUGACGCAAAGGAAAACCCAAUAGAUAUAUUAACUAAAGUUCAGAAUGCGUUCGGUGAGUUAGUGAGUAGAGAAAUGUCUAUUGUGAACAAAUCAAAUAGUAAUACAGACUCUCAGAUUCAUGCAAGUUUUUAUAGAGUAUCAGAAAGUAAAUCUGCUCCAUCUUGCUCCACAAUAUUAUCUGAUUCAUCUAGCAUACAAUCUUGUUUUGUAAGUCUAUAAAGAAAUAACGUCUGUGUUUAUAAAUAAAAAUAAAGAACACAAAUUAAUUAAUUUUAUAUAUUUUAGGUAUCGGCAAAUAAUCAUAGUGACAAAGCUGAUAUUUAAAUAUAAUAUAUAAUAGAAAUAUAUCAAUGUUUAUUA